AUGGAAUUAUAUGGAUUCAAACUCUGUCUAGAGGCUUUACUGAUAGAUGUCCCAAUUUCCAAAUUUGUCUCAGAUCGCCACAUAGUUAUAUCAAGCUUUAUACAAGAGAACCAUCCAGAAAUAAUUCAUCGUUAUGACAUCUGGCAUGUUGCAAAAAAAGUGAAUAAAAUGUUAACAAAACUUGGCAAAGAAAAGGGUUGUGAAGUCAUCAACGAGUGGAUACGAUCAUGGGUUAAUCAUGUGUAUUGGAGUGCCACAACAACCAUGGAUGGGAAUGGUGAUGUGAUACUUGCCAAGUACAAAGCGUUUUUAAGCCACAUACUAAAUAAGCACGAGAAUCUACCCGACCCAUUAUUCAGUAGUUGCAGUCAUCGUCCAGAUUUAACAAAGCGCAAAUGGUUGUUAAAAGAUUCUGAUGCAUACGAAAAAGUCUGCAAUGCCCCGACAAAGCCAGGAUCCCUAAAAGGCAUAAAGAAGCUUUCAAAUGAUGCGCAGACUAGCUGUUUGGAAGGUUUUCAUUCUGUAGUCAACCAAUUUGCACCAAAGAUGAUUUGUUAUUCAUAUGUUGGAAUUUACUGCAGGCAUGCUCUAGCUGCAAUACAUUUCAAUUAUAAUGUCAACCGUGAUGUAUAAAGAAAGAAGAAUGGGUCUGUGCAGAUUAAAGUAGCCUACCCAAAAUUCAAAAAUGGUACCGCAACAGUAU